GGGUUAAUCUAGUCAAUUUAUAAAAUCAUGGGAUGAGAAUAACAAUGGCACGAGUAGAAGUAUAUCCAUCCUGAUUUAUUUUUUGGCUGCUUCAGAAGAUCAAAAUACCCACUUCUCAUUUCCAAGGGCACCAUCAUCUCAAGGCCAUUUUCCACAAACUGAAGCCCAAUCCAGUCCAUCAGAGAAAAAAGAAUCCAAGCAAACUGCUUUUCAAUUUCCUCACCUCCCAAAACAACAGAAAAAACCAACGGCACCAGUAAUCCCGAAAUGAACGAAGAUCCCAACAGGGCUGAAGCCGAACGCCUCCUCGGAAUCGCUGAGAAACUCUUACAAUCACGAGAUCUCAGCGGCACAAAAGACUUCGCAGUUUUAGCUCAGGAAACGGAACCCCUUUUGGAAGGCCCAGAUCAGAUCUUAGCCGUUGCUGAUGUUCUUUUAUCAGCUGAAAAACGCGUCAAUAAUCAACACGACUGGUACUCGAUCUUGCAAAUCAGUCAGAAAACUGACGAUUCCUUCCUCAUAAAAAAGCAGUAUCGUCGCCUUGCAUUACUCCUCCAUCCAGACAAGAACAAGUACCCUUUCGCCGACCAAGCCUUCAAGCUCGUCGCUGAUGCUGGGGCUGUUUUGUCUGAUACUGCUAAAAAAACUUUCUACGAUAAUGAAUUGAGUUUGUUUUCGAAGAUUGAUUUGUCUGCUUCUGGGAAAUUACCAGUCAGGAGAAGCCAGAGAAUGGUUGAUGAUAAAAAGGCUGAAAGUGUGAAAAUUAAUGUUAAUAAUGCGAGUAAUCAACAAGAAAAAGCGAAAUUGUCUUCCUUUUGGACUGCGUGUCCGUAUUGUUAUAUUUUGUACGAGUAUCCUGGGGUUUAUGAGAAUUGUUGUUUGAGGUGCCAAAAUUGCCAGAGAGGGUUUCAUGCUGUUUUAAUACCCUCUCUGCCUCCUUUGGUUCCCGGGCAGGAGUGUUAUUAUUGCUGCUGGGGGUUCUUCCCUUUGGGAUUUACACCUGGUACUGCAGGGAGUGGAGGGAAAAGUGGUGGGGUGGGUUCAGGGUUUCCUAAUUGGAUGCCGCCAAUGUUCGGGACAGAGCAGCAGCAAGGAGGUGGUAAGGGUGGUGGCUAUGUAGCGGUAAAUGUGGAUGAUAAGAACGGUGGUGGUGUUAGUGGUAAUGGUGCAGCUGCCACACCAGUGAGGGUUGGUGUGGAGAGCAGGGAUAGAGAGGUGAAGGUUUCUGGUGGGAGUGCAACGGGGUUGGCUGGGAGUGCAAGGGGCGUGGCUGGGAAUACAAUGGGGAUGCCAGGGCCAAGGAAGAGAGGAAGGCCUAGGAAGUACCCUGUGCAGGCUUAGUUUUUGAAGGCCGAUGUGUAGUCAGUAAGUGCAAUGUGAUGGAAUGGGAUGUGAAAGUGUUGGUGGAUGGGAGUCCUUUUGCAGCUGGCUAGGUUCUGGGAUUUCACAGCCACAGGACCCUGAAAUCUACCGAUUCUCUAGGCUUGGAGCUCUGCUCGAGCUUGGGCCUUUGAUACCAAGUUUAGUGCGGGGAUGGUGAAACUUGACCACGGGAGCAUCCCAGGCAAUUCUAAGUAACUGAAUUCUACUGCAGCUGUCUCCACUUUCUCGCCAUUGACCUCUAACUACUGAAUCAACAAUAUAUGUCGAUUUAUAGUUUUCAAAACAUCAAUCAGUCCGAGCUUGCGACUUUAUGGAAUUCGAAUCUAAUCCAUUUCUCCACUCGGGCCUAGAUUUUUUUUGGACAAUGUUCAUACGAGCUUUCCACAUUUCAGAGUGACCUGAUGGUGGGGGUUUAAGGUAUCUAAACAAAAUCAUUUGAAGACUUCUGAACAUUUGCAAUAGGCACAAUCAGCUCGAAAUAGUCUUCAGGUUAAGUACACACGCUUAUUGUGAUGCUUUUUAACUUCAAUAAUUCGCCAUUCAGCUGCAUGCUAUUUUCCCAUUGGUGCAAAUGCCAAUUUCCCAGCCAAUUGUUGCAUACCACAGGAGGCAAGGAAAACCAGCUAGGCCUCCAAUUCUCAGGCUCAAUGCCUCUUUGAUUGGAACUAGCAUCAAAUAAGCAUGCAUAGAAACUGACUAUAAUCCACCCGAGAUGCUCACUGAAGCACGAGAGUCUGGUGGUUCAACCAUGGUAGGAUGGUAAGUUCGGUUGGUCAUCACAUCAAUGAUCAAACAUGCCUGGUGGCAAAACCCUUGCCUGUAGAUGAAAGAGUCGUUGAUUGGUUUUUUUAUCCAUGUUGAGCUUCCAGAAUAUUACCCAAUGCGAGUGAGCAUAUCAUUUACAGGCAAGGUCCUUUAAAAUUACACGGGUUGCUUGAAAACUAACAGAAGAUAAAAAGAAGAGAAGCACUGGACGGUAAAAGAAUGGACCUAAUUUUUCCUCGCAUGAAACAGGAUGGGAAAGGCAAAACUAGGUGGAAAUUGGUCGAAAAGUUUAUGAGCAUGUCCAAAACCAAAGAAAAUAUGAAAUCCAUUUUGAACAAAGUAUAGCAUGAAAUUUCUCAAGGAAAUGUAAAAACACAAUCCAAGACUAAUAA